ACAUUUUGUUUUCAUUUUGUGAGACUGUAGUUUUUAAAAUGUGCGCUUUCAACAAGAGUCUAUUUUUGGCAUCCAUACUCUGUCUAGUCUUCGAUACACAGGGAGCUGCCGUAUCGAACUACUUCAUCUUGGGAGUGCCUUGCUACACCCAGUCCGUCAAACAGUUUUAUCUGGCAACAUUCUCCCACGAAUCUUUCCAUGUAGACGUGACGCUAAAAACAAAGAAUUACGACAGACCAUUUCGUGUUUUGAUAACACCUAUUUUAAUGAAGAAAUUCCAGCUCGGCUUAUAUUCUCUUGAUAACUUGGAAUCGGACAAUGUGGGUGAGUUGUAUACGUCCCUUGUAUUUACAAGUCGUCCCACGCAUAUGACGUUCAGCGUAACCAUGGUAUUGGUGGACAAAGUGACCGGGUACUGGUUCGAUUCCAUGUUGGCCUUGCCGGUGGAUAUGCUAAAAGUAGAAUACGAUGUGCACGGUCUAAGCACACACAUACGGCAAUUGAUUAUCAUGUCCACGGAAGAUUACAACAAGAUUACAGUGGAUAGCCCUUUGGGCAGCAGCUAUUUUUGGCUAGCAAGGGAAGAAUUUAUCGUUGACACCAGCUAUUGUGGAGAUAAGGACAAAUUGGAAUCUGAAGUUUUCUACGUAUAUGGUUACUACGCAAUAGGUGUCAUCCUUGCAACAUGUGAAAUUAUUUUUGAAGACGAAUGCAACGAGAGAGAAAUUGAAUAUCAUCUAUUAGAGAGUGUUCAUCCUACGAUGAAAGAUGGCAACGAAUACAUUGUGUUUAGUAUACUCGGCCGAAUGUAUCCGGCAUCUUCUACCUUGGAGGAUGAAGUCAGUAUCAUACCGAUAUUCGGCACAACAACCGUUUCGGUAGUCGGAAAAUUCGACAUCUACUUUGAGAGUAACCUUGGGCAAAAAAAGAUCAAGUUAGAGAAGGACAAACCCUUGCAUAUCAAGUCAGAUCAGUUAUUUAUGUGUUUCUACAUCUUUAAGGGUCUGGACUGCCAAUCAGCUAUGUCUGUAGGUACCAUGAUGCCUAUAUUCAUGUUCUACUUCACCUACAUGAUCAGCGUUCCAUUUCCGUACCACCCGACCUCUAGGGCCUCCGCUUUCAUUAUUGUAGUGUCAAAAAAAGAUAAAGUAUCUGACAUAUUUCUUGAUGACAAAAAUAUUACAUUAUUUAGUGCCGACAUAGCAGAUGUCAACGGAACAGAUUAUCAGGUGUUGGCUCUGAGAGUCUCAGCUGGGCCGCAUUAUUCCUACUCACGUAGAUUUUAUCAGUACGGUCUCUACCUGUUGGCGUAUUCUGGUAGAGGGGCUCUACUGCAGCAUGGUGGAUACAAACCUACAACUCUCAAAUAUUCUGACUCUUGUCAGCGUACUGCCUUUAAGCCUGGGGAUCUACUAGAUAAUGACUGUGAUGGUCUGGUGGAUGAAGAUGAUCCGGGGGUUUAUAACGAAAACGAUUUGUCCUAUGGGGAUGAUUUGCAGAGAGGCCCAGCAAUUGACGGCGGUUGGGGAUUUUGGGAUGAAUGGACCUGUGACGGUGAAAUUAAAUUCCACACUCGCAAGAGAAAGUGUGAGAGAUGGACUCCACAGUUUGAAGGGAUGAACUGCAAGGGGUACGGACUGGAAAUAAAAAACACGUCAUGCCCUGGGGAAGAUUUUCGUGUCAAAUGUAGUGGCUCAUUCUACGGACCAAAAUGCGAUAAACGAUGUCCAACAUGUCUCAAUGGCUGUGACAGGCUGAACGGUACCUGUGAGAAUUGCAGACCGGGAUGGACAGGGGACAGAUGCUAUAUACCAUGUCCCAGUAUGACAUACGGUCAUGAUUGUAGAGAGUCGUGCUCAGAAAAAUGCAAAGGUCAGGACUGUAUUGAAAGACGUACAGGGAUGUGUCCUGGUCCAACAUAUACGAUGCCUCUGAUUCUGGUCUUCUACAUGGUGAUCAUCGUUAUAUUCAUUUGGAUGUGCGUGUUCGUUUUCUGCACAAGUGUUAUUAGUGACUUAGAGUCAGCUCCCCCUGUUCAUCCUGAUGUUGUUGUAGUGAAACGUCAAUCUUCUAAAGAAUACACACUGACUACACACAUCUUCGAUACUAAAGUUUAA